UGACAAGGGAAAAUUCCUCCGCGCAGCGCGCCAUUGACUGUAAAGACCUUUCAACUUAACAAAAACUGAAGUUGACAAACGUAUCCUCACGUUGAAACUUUGUGAUAAGGGUUUAUGUUUUCGAAGAUGAAGAUCAUGCACUGCUCCGAGAUUUCCAAGCACACUGGCGGUUCAGCAAACAGGCGACGAUUCCUGGAUUGAGCCUGCGUUUUGUUAUGAUUUCCAAGUGAAAUGCAAUUACUGCUAUCUCUCACUCGGUAGUCGGCUUGUGGACUAGUGCGCUCUUUCUCUGAAUUUGUUCCUCGCCUCUGGAGCAAACCAUGGAUCACUAUGAGGAAGAUUUGGGACUCCGGGCGAGUAAAUUAAUGGAGGACCUUUCCUUAUAUGAAGCAUACAAGGAUGGGAUGUACAGUUCAAGGAGGGACAUGGUUAUCAACCCCGAUUUGGAUUUUUCGUCUCCAACGAUACACGAGCAGAAAAGUAAGACAAUGAAUGGCAACUCUGCGCCUCACCAACAGAUACACACCGUUGAGAAUUACAUGUCUGGGAAUAAAGACACUGCGGCUCCCGUGCGCCCCGUGAAUGGCAACAGAGCCGUUCCUGUGGAUUAUUGCACCCCUCAAAGAGACAUAGUUUAUCCUAAUGAAGAUAGCUAUUGCACCAAAUCCGAAAUUGCUUUGCCGUGUUAUAGCGGCGCGUCCGAGCGGCACAGGAGGUACUCCUUGGAGGUGCAGGGGCAUAGGUACAGCACUGGUAGCGCGUACGAUGGAGUGGUUUUGAACAAGCCAGUACCGCCACCUGGCAACAGAUGCAACAGUAUCUGUGUUACCACCAACCACGACGGCAGAUACAAUGCAACCAGCCCGCGGUCCAGUUUCGCAUCCUCCCUCUCCUCCCAGGAGCAAAGCAAACAUGCAAGCCCGAGGUCGAGCAUCAGUAGCCCGCGCACGAGUCUGGUGGUACCCGGGCAAGACAAGUACACGAGUCCCAGGUCCAGUCUGGUACACUGUGAAGGGAGCAGUGUCCUCAGCCCCCGGUCUAGCUAUGCAAGUACAGCCAGCGACACAAGUAAACAUUCCAGCCCAAGGGCCAGUCUGAACAGCUAUGACUGCUGCAGUAAGCCCAGCAGUAACCGCACCAGCGGCAUCAGUAUGGGCUACGACCAAAGGCACAUCAGCCCCAGGUCCAGCACAGCGAGCCAGUAUUCUUGUACCACCAGUCCACGCUCUAGCUAUUCUGAUUCGCGUUACAUGCCUGUGGGGAACCAUGAUCUGGAGGGUGCGGUUUUGCAUGGCAUGCCGGUGGCUAGUCCUCGGUCAAGCAUCUGCAGCCAGGACGGGUGCGCAAGACCCGGGACAAUAGCUAACUGCGUCGUUAGUCCCCGGUCCAGUAUCUCCAGUCACAGUUCCAGAAGUUCCCGGAGCUCCAGGGGAUCUAUGAGCACCUACCCGGAUCUCCAACUGCCUUCACCCAGGUCCUCAAUGCUGGGGACUGGUUUGCAGGAGGACAUACUAACUCACGAUUGUGGAGAUACCAACGGUGUCCAUAAUCGUAUCCAUCUCCAAGCGCUCUCGGGGAUGCCAGAAGCCCAGCCACAGCAUGCACCACAACAGUCAACCCAGGCAGGGAUGAAUACAGAGGUGACCGCUGGAUCACCAUCAUCUUCUUAUGGGCUCCAUACGAAAACUCCAGCCUCAGGGCAGAGGUUUAAACUACCUUACCAGGUGACCCCAUGCCGGGAAAGUGGCCCAAGCCAAGCAGAAAGGAGUCUGGAAGCACUCACCUUGGAGCUGGAGAAGGAGUUAGAAAUGCACAUGAAAAAAGAAUACUUUGGUAUCUGUAUCAAGUGUGGGAAGGGUGUGUAUGGGGCCAGCCAAGCCUGUCAGGCCAUGGGGAAUCUGUACCAUACCAACUGCUUCACCUGUUGCUCCUGUGGAAGGAGGCUGAGAGGGAAAGCUUUCUACAAUGUCAACGGCAGGGUCUACUGUGAAGAGGACUUCCUGUACUCUGGUUUUCAGCAGACGGCAGAGAAGUGCUUUGUGUGUGGUCACCUCAUCAUGGAAAUGAUCCUGCAGGCACUGGGCAAGUCCUACCACCCUGGCUGCUUCCGCUGUGUGGUCUGUACAGAGGGUCUGGACGGAGUGCCUUUCACUGUGGACGUGGAGAACAACAUCUACUGUGUCAAAGACUACCACACGGUCUUUGCCCCAAAAUGUGCCUCAUGCAACCAGCCCAUCCUCCCUGCUCAGGGCUCUGAGGAGACCAUCCGGGUGGUGUCCAUGGACAAGGACUACCAUGUGGAGUGCUAUCACUGCGAGGACUGUGGCCUCCAGCUAAACGACGAGGAGGGUCACCGCUGUUACCCCCUGGAGGGCCACCUGCUCUGUCACGGCUGCCACAUCCGCAGGCUCAAGGUCCCGGUGCCCGCCCACCCGCCCCCCAGCUACCCACUACACGUCACUGAGCUAUGAGAGAGCAGGGGCGGCGAGGAUCCAACCCCAGCCAACCCCAAGCCACCGCUGACCCGCCUCCCAGGUGACUUGAGACAACAUAGCAGAAAGAAGAAGGAAUCCCCCGCCCACGGAAUCCCGGAACUUCGGAACCUCUUCUUGCAUGACAGAACAGAACAGAGAGAUCCUGGGAGUCUUCGCUCUCUACUGGCCGGCCGUGCCCUGGGGAGAGGAGAUAGAUACGAGGCCAUGGACAAGUCACAAGACCGGGCUGGGAGAGAGUCCACGUCCCUCUCUCUCUCUCUUCCAUCAGUUUUUUUCUCCCUCCUUCCUCCUUUUGGUCUGUGAACAGUGAAGCGGGCUGAGGCCCCAGCCCACCCAGAGGCCCUGGCUGACGUCAGCACCGUGACCCCUGCACAUUCAUCACAGUGGGGCCUGGCCUGGAUGGAGGGAGGAGGCCACUCUCUCUCUAUCCCUCUCUCCAGCGCUCUCUUUUUUCCUCUCCUUCUGUUUUCUUCAUUCCUUUGCGCUGAAGCCGUGUGCCAUGAUGCAUUUACUGCUCCUCUGUCCAUGAGAGAGAGAGAGCUGGACAUCAUCUCUGCCAGGAGGCUGGGAGGCCGUGAAACAGGCUGCUACAUAACAUUCCAGCACUGUCUGGCAGGGUUAGAGGGUUGGACAUGCUGUGCCUUCAGAGUGGCCUUCCACUGAGAAACCUCACCGCACGGUGCCAGUGACAGUGCCACAGUCCAGCUAGCUACGGCUCCUUUUGGCUAUGCAAGGGUACAGAGUCUACCAGCAACAACCGAGAGCCUUCAUGUGACUCUGUGACACACUCCCCUGUACCAUCCCCUUGCUCCAGUGCUCCUUGGCAAAGCGGAUGUUGGUGGCACAGCAUGCCCUGUCAGUAGCCAGUAGCCACAGCGCUAGCCUGGGCUGGCACUCAUUCCACUUAGCAGUCUUAGAAGACGUGACCUCGAGAGAUUCACAAGCAGUGUCUUAACGAUUAUAUAACGAGAAAAAAAGUUUGAAGCACAUAGAUUGUCUUUUAUACAUGCCUAUAUAUUUUGCAGACAUUUUCCGCAAGAUUCUAGAAGCGUAGUCUCUUUUUUUGCUGCAUUAUUAUUAGCAAAUGGAAUCGGAGGCCAAACGAGCUGUAACAGUCUUAACAGUCCUCUGAAGGGUAUUAGUCCGUUGUUUCAGGUCCUAGAGGCCUCUGUGUUGUCGGUCUGCUUGGUCAUGCGAUCCAAAGACCUGUUAGUGACACUGGCUCUUAAUUAACAUGUACAGUUCCACACACUGGUUAUUUGACCCAUAUGGUAGCACUGAGUGAGUGAGUGUCUGACCAUCGAGAGUCCCCACAUAUCCUCCUCAUGCACACGUUACUGUGUCAUACCUACUGGUUGAUCAGAUUGUCUGGUUGGUUGUGGGAGUUGCUGGUCCAACCCGUGUCUCUGGGGAAUCCAUCCCCCGUGUUUUCCCUCGCUGGUUGUGCCGUUGUGUGUGUCUCUGUGUGUGUCUAUAGACACUGUAGUCUGUUGGUCUAUAGACACUGAGUGUACAAAACAUUAAGAACUGCUCUUUCCAUGACAUAGACUGACCAGGUGAAUCCAGGUGAUG